AUGGAGGUGGAGGCGGCGAGGCCGGAUAAGCUGGAGCCUCCUCCCUCGCCGGUGAAGGGAGCCGGCGAGAAUGGCGCGGCCACCAAGCUGCAGAAGGUGUACCGCAGCUACCGGACCCGCCGGAAGCUUGCCGACUCCGCCGUCGUCGUCGAGGAGCUCUGGUAUGGCAUCUUCUCCGGAUCCUUUUCCUCUCCGGGGCCCAUGCCUCUGGUGCAAGAGCGUGAGCAUUAUGAAUACAUCAUUAAUGAGGGAAAAGUUAUCCAUAAACAGUCUGGAGAACCACUUGAUACAAGGGGUCCUAAGGGGACUAAAUGGAUAUUUGUUAUGAGUACAACAAAAAAACUUUAUGCUGGCAAGAAACAGAGAGGCGUAUUCCAGCACUCCAGCUUUUUGGCAGGAGGUGCAACUAUAGCUGCUGGAAGAUUUACUGCAGAAAAUGGAGUAAUCAAGUCCAUCUGGGCGUACAGCGGUCACUACAAACCUAGUGCAGAGAACCUCUGCAAUUUCAUCAACUUCCUUGAAGAGAAUGGAGUCGACCUCAAAGAAGUUGAGGUGCGCUCAUCCACCAGAGAAGACUACAACGAAGAUCCAGUGCCUAAUGACUCACAGAAGUUUACUUCAGCUAUCAUGGAACCAGAUCUUCCACAAGUGGUUCCCCCUCCAAACACCACAGAAGGCAAUGAGGGAGACAACGCUCCUGAAGAACAAGCCAGGCCAACCUACCAAAGGACCUUAUCGGGUGCACUGAAAAGAUCACAUGCCUGGUUUGUCCAUGCUGCUUCUCCGCUGUCCUGUGGUUCCAUUCAGAGAAGCACAGUGCAAUGUUCUCCAACUGAAAUAGGCUAUGGGCAGAAUCUGUCACAUUUCAGAUAUGAUAGCUUGGAAGCAGAUGUGAUAGGGUCCUCAGACCUCAGCAAACACAGGUGGCUGCAGAGUGAGAGCCUUUGUGCUGAGCCCAGCAUUGCAGACGGGCCUAGGAAUCAUUUCUUUUCCUUCCAAAGAUGGGCCUCGCUAGAGGUUUUCUCUUCCCCUCGGAAUUCUGUUUUCUUCGUGCUCUGUAUUUUGACGUACAGCUCUAAAGAGAGUAUCGUUUCAGGACAAAAAGCACACACGUCAAGGGUCAAGGGUGAAGCUAGGGGAGAAAAGGUUCUUGCUGUCUGCGUGAUGAAAUGA